UCCGACAAAUUAUGAUUCAGCAGAUAUAACUUGGAAUAUACGGAUACCUAGUUAAUUUUUCCAAUAAAUUUAAUUUCAUACACAUCCGGUUACCUGUUCUCUCCUUUAUCUCCAUCACACUUUCCAGCAACGUCCAAACCUCCGGGCCGCAGACAUGGCCGACACAAUCAUCCGUUUCGGAAUCAUCGGCGCCGCCGAGAUUGCUCGGAAAGUUUCACGAGCUAUUGCUCUUGCUCCCAACGCCACUCUCUUAGCAAUCGGCAGUCGUUCACUUGAAAAGGCCUCGAAAUUUGCGUCCGAUAAUGGGUUCAGUCCUCAGGUCAAAAUCUAUGGUUCUUACGAAGCUGUACUCGAUGAUAACGAAAUCGAUGCCGUCUAUAUCCCCCUUCCGACUGGUCUUCACUUGCGCUGGGCCGUGCUCGCCGCCGAGAAGAAGAAGCACGUGCUCCUCGAGAAGCCUGUAGCUCUUAAUGUAGCUGAGUUUGACAAGAUUCUCGAAGCGUGUGAGGCCAAUGGAGUGCAGUUCAUGGACGGUACCAUGUGGAUGCACAACCCUCGUACGGCCAAGAUGAAGGAAUUUCUUUCCGAUGCAGACAAGUUUGGCCAGCUCAAAUGGGUAAACAGUAUUUUCUCUUUUGCGGCUGAUUCUGACUUCUUAGCUAAGGAUAUUCGUGUGAAACCCGACCUUGAUGGUCUUGGUGCUUUGGGUGAUGCCGGAUGGUACUGUAUUCGCUCGAUCCUUUUUGCUGCCAACUUUGAACUACCUAAAAGAGUAAUUGCCUUGCCUAAUCCUGUUUUGAACGAAUUGGGCGUGAUUUUAUCAUGUGGAUGCUCUCUUUUUUGGGAUGAUGGGAAAGUAGCAACCUUCCAUUGCUCUUUCUUGUCAAACUUGACCAUGGAUAUGACUGCCAUAGGAACAAAUGGGACAUUACAUCUUAAUGAUUUCAUUAUACCUUACGUAGAGAAGGAGGCCUAUUUCUCCACCAGUUCGAAAUCCGGGUUCACUGAACUCGUGACUGGUUGGGAACCACUACCAAGCAAACAUAUCGUUCCUACCGAUCUUCCUCAGGAGGCUCACAUGGUGAGAGAAUUUUCUCAUUUGGUUAAAGAGAUCAAAUUAAAUGGCUCCAAACCUGAGAAAAAUUGGCCAACCAUCACUCGAAAGACUCAACUGGUGCUUGAUGCAGUGAAGGUGUCACUCGAGCGAGGAUUCGAACCCGUUGAAGUAGGACUGUGAUUCCAAUGGUCUUUCUUCAUUUCUUGUUGCUUUAUGAUGCUAUCUAUGUAUUGGAACUUCAAUUUGUUGGUCUAUUAGUGUGAUCAUGUUCCUUUGCACUUGUAAAGGUUGGAAAGCUUUGCAUUGUCUUGAAGAGCUAAAAGCAUGGAGAGAAGUCAUUCCUUGAAGAUGAUUGCAUGGUUAAUUUGUGUCAAUUGUGUUUAUAUGUUGUUCAAAUGUUCUUGUAAUAAAUUUAGAGUCUCCAAUUUGGAAGUUUAGAUUUUGGAUUUCAAACAUGGCAGGAAUUUUGUUAAUUUUAUCUUCAUAAUGCUUAAAUUUAUUAUGAAUCAAAA